UUACAAUAGAUUGCUGCGGCCGGGGCAGCACGACGACGACGACGACCUCGACCUCGACCAAGACGAUGGCCUCGCGGCUGCGGAUACAAUCACCGGCCGACUUCAUGUUCGGGACGACGCUGGGCGAAGGCGCGUACGCCCGGGUUGUCCAUGCGCGCUUGAAGGAGACGAACGAAGAGUUUGCGGUCAAGAUCAUGGAGAAGCGCUUCAUUAGCAAAGAGAAAAAGGUCAAGUUUGUCAUGAUGGAGCGCAAGGUCUUCUCCAAGGUGUCCCACGACCGCAUCGUCAAGCUCUCGUACUCGUUCCAAGACAAGAACUACCUCUACAUGGUCAUGGAGCUCUGUCGCGGCGGCGAACUCCUCGAUGUCAUCAUCAAGUCGCAGAAGGAGCAAGCGUCGCGUGGCGUGACCAACAAGGCGUGCUCGUUCGAGAUCACGCAGUUUUACAUUGCCGAAGUCAUCGAGGCCCUCGAGUACCUCCAUGACAUGGGCGUGAUCCACCGGGACAUCAAGCCCGAGAACAUCCUCUUGAGCGACUCGGGCCACUUGAAGAUCACAGACUUUGGUACUGCCAAGGACGAGACCGAAGAAGGCGUCCGUCACAACACAUUUUGCGGCACGGCCGAGUUUGUUUCGCCCGAGGUCCUUCGCGACCAGGAGGCGUCCCGGGGCUGCGAUCUCUGGGCCGUCGGCUGCAUGAUCUUCCAAAUGCUCGUGGGUCGCCCCAUGUUUCGCGCCGAGAACGAGUACCUCACCUUCCAGCAAAUUCUCAACCACCCGGCAGAAGACUUUGCCUACCCCGAGGGCUUUCCUGCCGUCGCGCAAGAUCUCUGCGACAAGCUCCUGCUGCAAGAACCGCUGCAGCGUCUCGGUGCUGGCACCGACGCCGACGGCAACGGCUACGCGGCCCUCAAGAGCCACCCUUUCUUUCAAGGUAUCGAGUGGGCCACGCUCGGCCAGACGACGCCACCGUACAUGCCCAAGAUCUCGCACCUUCCGGCCACGGACAAUGACGGGGCGACCGAGGACUGGUUGUUCGCAGGUGUCGCGACCGAGCUCCAGAUCUCGUCGGGGCUCAACGCGGAGCCGUUUAUCCAGUACGAGGAAGACCGCAGUAGUGCAUCGCGCACGUCGGGCAACAGCUACAGCACCGCGCCGUCGUACGCCGUCGACAACCACAACCCCGUCGAGGUCGCGCGCGUUCGUGCCACGGUCGCGCCACCGCCUGUCUCGCGCAUGAGCUCGCUCUGGAACCGGUUCUUGCUCGACGACGAAGUCAUUCGCAUGAGCGGCCUCGUGAGCAAGCGCAAGGGGCUCUUCUCCAAGAAGCGCCAGCUGAUUUUGACGUCCAAGCCGCGCCUCAUCUACAUUGAUGCGAUUCGCAUGCGCCAAAAAGGCGAGAUUCCGUGGUCCGACUCGAUGUACAUUACGAUCAAGAACUCGUCGACGUUUGAUGUCGUGACACCCAACCGCGUGUACCACUUGUCGGACGCUGCCAACGGCUCCAAGAAGUGGUCGGACGCGAUCAACGCGUCGCUCGUCCAGCGGAAAUAAGAAGCAUCCACGCACACUUGCCGCACCAACGUGGCAAAUGCUAUCUAGUCCAGUACUACAUUGUCGCUGAAUACAUGGUGUCUACUCUUGCA